CACCUCUCAAUUCAUCAAUUUGAUUGGUCAAUGCUGAUGAGAUCAGCUAAAUCUCAAACAGCUGAUCGGGAACAAACAACUAUUUUGUGGUAAUCAUCGCCUCUCAGUACGUUCUCUGGUUUUUCUCGACAAACUGAUCGCAAACAGAAUUCAAUUUCAAGUGAUUUUAUCUGAAAUCAAAUGGACAAGAAUCUUGAAGCCAGUUUACGUAGUUCUUGCUAUCAACCAGAAAGAAAUUUUAGGGAAAGACUGAAUUCUGAAGAAUCUCAAGAAAGUUCUCUUUGAUAUAUAUUUCACCUGAUUUCUUGCCAGAUUUACUAUAUUAUUUUAUACUAAAAAAUUCACUUGUGUGUGAUCGCUUGCCUUUAUCUUUACCAAUCCUGAUAUUUAUUAACUUGGAACGCUUACCAAUCAAUUACAAAAACUAGGAUGGGGAAUAUUGGUCUAAAACCAACCGAUGUUGAGCCCACUGUUGGAAUGAAGUUUGUCAGUGCUGGUACUGCAGCUUGCAUGGCAGACAUCAUCACAUUUCCACUAGAUACUGCUAAAGUCAGACUACAGAUCCAAGGAGAAGGAACGAGACUGGGAAAGUUGUCCAUCGCAGCCCUGAGCGAACAACGGGCACAGUUUCAAUAUCGGGGCGUCUACGGCACUCUAGUGACUAUAGUGAAACAAGAGGGUGCCCGUGGCAUGUAUAAUGGUCUCGUUGCAGGCCUCCAACGCCAGGCCUGUUUUGCCUCGGUGCGAAUUGGACUCUAUGAUUCCGUCAAACAAAAAUACACAGAUUUUGCCGGUGGCAAGACAAAUGUGCUGGUACGUAUAGCAGCUGGGAUUACUACUGGAGGGUGCGCUGUAGUCCUUGCACAGCCAACCGAUGUUGUUAAAGUCCGCAUGCAAGCACAGAACAACUCCGACAAAAAGGUAGUGCGAUACACUGGAACUAUACAAGCAUACAAGAAAAUCUUCACGGAAGAAGGUCUCCGUGGCUUGUGGAAAGGUACAAUUCCCAAUAUCACUCGCAAUGCAGUUGUGAAUGCCAGUGAGUUGGUGGCAUAUGACAUGAUAAAGGAACAAAUCUUGAAGAGGAGACUGUUAGAGGACCAGUUCCCCUGUCACUUUGUGUCUGCUUUCGGUGCUGGAUUUGUCACCACUUGUGUAGCAUCUCCAGUUGACGUAGUCAAAACGAGAUUUAUGAACUCAGGGAAAGGGAAGUACAAGGGAGUACUAGAUUGUGCAUUUUCGAUGUUUAAAGAGGGUGGACCAAUAGCCUUCUACAAAGGGUUCAUGCCAAAUUUUAUCCGACUUGGCUCCUGGAACAUCUGUAUGUUUGUCUUCUAUGAGCAGCUGAAACGGUUCUGUGUUCUUAUGAAAGAACGGCGUCAGAAUUGAGAGUGGAGGAGUAGCGUGAUUCUUCAAAAGCAUCUAGAUUCCAUGUCAGAACCAGCUUCCAGUUUAUAGUAAAACACAGCUUUUUAUGCUGUACACUCCACCACAGAUUAUACCCAAUAGGAUUACGUUGUAUAAUCUCUACAGAGGUUUACCAUUGGCCAGUGAUACCUCAGACAAACAGCCAAAGAAAAAACUAAAGUAGAUGAUAUCUUGUUCUUCAAGAUGUGCCAAAGAUUUUAAACAUACUAAACAAUUUCUUAGGUAGUUUGAAAAACAUCUACUAAGAUUUCCUUGAAUAACCAUGAAGUAUAAUCUCUGAAUUCUGCAUAUAUAGUUUUGCUCUGAGGUUCUCUGUGCUAUAAAGCUAUGUAAUGUUACUAUUUUUGUAGAAGUAUGUUAUAUAUUUGUGUCUCUUUAGGACCAAAUGUGCGAAGACCAUUCUUCUGAGUGUUAAGCCGGGCACUCACUUUAUCGUACGACGAAUCCAACUCCGCUUCCCGUAUGUGCUAAAACACGCGACGCCCUCUACUGAUUGUCGGUGGCUGUCUGAAUGGAUCGUCAUUAAAAACGACCCGAUGCACGCGCGCCGUCGCUUUGCGUUCUCCAUAGAACCUCGUCAGCCGACGACCGUUGGCCGCAGUGCGUGCCCGGCUUUAUACUAUAAUACAGUUGAUAUUUGGUUAAGGUUUUCAUCAGUCUAGAAGGUGCUGUGUUAAAAGUUUCAGAAUUCUUCAAAAUUUCCAUCAAUCAAAUGUUAUGCUCCUACCUCUGUAUGGUUUUUUUUAACAGAAUUUUUCAAUAAACUUAAUCUUUAGAUUUCAUUUGUGUAUGUAAAUCAGCUAUUGCUCUUUUGUAUUCAUCUGAACUAAAUUACAACUUAAGAUUGAGCACAAUUUUGUUUUAAUUCUAUAUUAUUAUUUUUUUUAUUGUGUACCUUUUUAUAUCUAAACAGUAUACUGAAAUGAAAAUGUUAACAAAAUUGAAAACUGUCUAUGUUCAUCUGUGUAAGUGCCUAAUUCUAGUCCAUCCUCAGAAAUGUCAUAUAACGAUACCGAUAUUAUUACUAUUGAUUAUUAAAAAAUUAAAUUAAAUAUUUUACUUAUAAAUAGUAGAAUUAAUAUAUUAAUGACGAUGAGUGAAUCGUGGAUAAGGAGUUGGUAUCCAACUUGCUUAAUACUAUAGAAAAAUACUUUUAAGAUAAUAUUUGUUAUAAUUAUAAUGAACAGUAGCUGAAUUUAGGGUGUAUGUAGACAGUAUUUUUACUCCAGGCAUACCUGUAAGGAGAUGAGUAUUUGGCCUAGAGGUUAAUUUUGUUCUUGCCAGCACUGAAAACUCAGGGUCAAAGCUGGCUAUAGGUCAGGUUGCUUGAAUAUCCCUCACACAAGAGUUGAGCUGGACAAGAGAGAAAUGUAUUCAUUACAUGUUGGUCACCGUGGGUCCCUGCACUCCUAUCCAAAAUUUGUAUUCCACAUUUGUAAUGAAAUCAAAAAGUUUGAUUGGACUGUUGUCUGAUACUUAUCUAAACAAAUGUCUGUGGAAAGUCAGGCAAUGAUGUACUGCAUAUAAUAUUUGCUUAGACAGUUUGGAAUAUACCUUGGUUUAAAUUAAGACAGCAAACUAUGUUAUUAAAUUUAGUAGAUAGACAUAUAAUUAUGUUGUACAUACAGUAUUAGAAUUAUCAGAAAUAAAUAUAAAUCAAAUUAUGUUAGUGAUUUUACAAGUAUAUUAUUAAUAAAUUUAACAGCAAUAAGCUGUAAGUAUUAAGUUUCAAUUUUUAAUAUUUUACUCCGAAGAAAAACUUUAGUAACAUUGCAAAUUUGUGUCCUUUUUAUUUAUUUAAGUUUGUAGACUUUUACUGCUUUAAGUAGGCGAAAAUUAGAGGUUUGUCUUGAAAUUGGAUUGUUGGUCACGUAGAUUAAACUCCGAACUGGCCUUAUACUCAUUUAUUAAACUUUCGUAAAUCCCUAAAUUCAAUGCAAUAACAAAUAUAUUAUGUAGCGAAAAUUUACUCAAAACAUUUCUUUUAAAAACUAGAGCUGGUGUGCAAUAGACGAUUAAAGAAUUGAUUCUGUAAGUGUUUUUAUUUAUAUUAUUUUUUGAGUACAGUAUAUUUUAUGAAUGAUUAAUACUGUAUAUUGGUCAAUUAAUUUAACAAGCUUACUUAAAAUUGAUUUAAAAUAUUCAUGCACUAUUUCAUAAUUUAGCAUUUUAUUAUUUAGAGUUUAUUUCAAUUUAACUGAUCAGUUGAUUCAAUCUGGGUAUUCCAAUAAUUGAGACAAUUAUAACUAUGGGUUCCUUUAAAAGAUAAUACUUUUGAGUUGAACAAUACAAUUUAAUAUUGAAUUUACUUUGUAAAUCCUCUUCACGAAUUAAAAGAUAAAUAAUAACUAUAUUUAAAUAGAAAGUACAUUUAAUGAGAGUUUGUAUAUACUGCACCAUUGUAGCUAGGUCUAGGGUGUUAAAAUUUUUUCAUUUCGUUUCAAUGCAAUUCGGCGUGUUUGGAUAAUAUAAUUUUAGGUGUAAUGUACAGAGCAAUGUUAUUUAUGAAAAUGUUUAAGUUCUGAAGGCAUGAAGAUGGCUAAAUGUAAUUAAUUUUUUAAUUUCUAUUUAUGCUGAAGCCAGUGUGACCAGGCCUAUCCAACGCGAGUGCGAUGGGUGUGUAACUACCCCACUUUAAAGGAAAUUAACAUUUUUCAAAAUUGUACUAAAUAUAAAAUUUACGACCGGCUCUUCCCAAAACUACGUCAGCGGAUCUAGAUGACCCCAAUUCCCCAGUUAGUCCAUUCUGCAUACCCUUGCGCACCCUCUCCCAAAGUAGUAAUUCCCUCAUGACUUUUAAAUUUUGAAAUAUGAUGGAUUGUAUUUAUGGAUAUGUAAUAUUGUUCAGGAUGUGUACAUACAUGUGAUGUCCAAACAGUGCAUACUCAUACAGGGAUGUUUCUAUACAUAUAGGUCUGGACAUGAAACAAAAUAUAUGUAUAGGGUUGAAUGGUUACAUGAGGAUAGUUGACAAUUAUUGGAUGUAAACUGAAAAUAAAGUUCUUAAUGAAAUGUUAUGAAUGUGAUAAUGAUGGGAUAUCAUAUAGGUAACACUAUAUCCUUGAGUACUAACGAAUAGUAAUAAAAAUUAACCCCCGACUUGACAGUUUGGGCUUGUAUAUGUAAUUUUGAUUAAAACAUUUUUCUAUAUUAUUUGAGAAAUGUAAUGUGUACAGAAUAUCAAAAAUCCUUCAGUGAAGCAAUAAAACUUAUUUUGAACUACA